AUGCGCGAAGGCGAUCCAGGUUGGGUGCUCGACGUGGGGCACGUCGACCUGUGUGAAGGCGAGACGUUGUUGGAGUACAUUACCGUGUUCGUGUACUCGUUGCUGCGACCAAACGCGGGUCGGCAGAAGAAUCGGCGUGUGGGUUGGCCGACGACUGUGGGGGCCUUGGCCGGGUCUUUGGCAAAUUUUGCUUUGACCCGUCGAUCGAUUUACGGGCAACUAUCUGCCGAGCUUGUCGCGCGGAUCGCAGUUCGCGCAGGAACGCGGCGUGAACGCGAGAUGAACCGUCUGCGACGGCAAGCUGUCGUCCACCCUUCGUCCAUUUCGACUGCACCACCCGUGGUGCGGUCGAGUGUAGUGUCAACGACGACGGGGGUGGCGCCGUCGAUUUCGCGAGCAGGGGUGCUGGGAGCGUCUCCCCUACCAACGGGAAGGACGCGAAAUCCCCCAGAGGAUCCGCGGCUGGCUGGGCGGCAAGAGUCGGGGCGGUCGAUGGCGCUGGACCGCGACCGUGGGUAUGGAGGAAUGAAGACGGAACCUGCAGCGGCGGGUCCGGUGCAAGGUCAACGUCCGAUGCUGCCCGCGUUUCGGACGGAGCGCGCCCGCCUGAGGGCGGAGGCGAUGGAGUGGCGUGAAAACGUGGAAGAGCGUCAGGUGUCAGCGCACAUCGUGGCACCGUCGCCUCCGGCCGAAGAUCAGCGUCCGGCGGAAGAAGACGACCAAGAGGAGGGGUAGAGGGCGCCACAGGAGUGGAGGGCGCUUCGUCUGGCGUCGUAGGAGGUGCAGGUGUAGGCGCAUGGUAACGUUUAAGCUUGCCGACAUAAAAGGUCGGAUGCACGCUCCAAUCGGGGGGAAGUUCGAGUUUGUAGGAAGUCGAACUCACGUCAUAAAGAACGGCAAACGGGCCGUGCCAAGUGGAACGCAGUUUGACAUUUGCGCUGGCUCCAGGGGCGCGUGCACGAAAGGUGUGAUCGGGGAGGGCCGCUUUGUGGAGGAGGACAAGAUCGCCGACAGAAAAGGUCGCCAAAUUGGAACGACCACGGCGGUCGGAGUGCGUCGCUUGCCGCUGCUGAGCGAGCGCGAGGUUGUCCUUGAUCUGUUGCAACACAGAUUGACGAUGGGCAAGGAGGGCCGUCAAGUCCUGGACGGAACGCACUGGAAGGUCGCGGCGAUGGCUUCGAUCGCCGGAGAAAUAGCAGGAAGCAUCUCUCCCC